UCGAUUCAACGUAGAAGGGUGGGAGUAAAGCUAUAAAACGCUCGUUUCCUUCAACAUCUUUCUCCUUCCUCUUUCCUUCUCACUGUGUUUCUUUCUCUCGGUCUUUUCUCUACAAUAACUAACAACAAAAACCUCCACAGACACAGAGUGCUCCCUCCAAAGAAUCUAAAAUUUCCUUAUUUGGCGCGUGGUCUUCACUCUUCACUUUCAUUCCACACCGCACGAUCUCAUUUUACGCUUGCUUUUCAAUUCACAAAGCUCGAGAGUGAAAAACUGAAGACACGCUACAAAAACGCAUCGUUUUUUGUUCCAACCAACUCCAUUGCAGAGAGGAGUGCAUUUAUGGAAUUUAGCAGUUAUUGGUUUCUUCAAAAGUGUAGAAGAAGAUUUCAAGUUUGUUGGGGCCGUCCAUCUGGUUAAUCUAUUUUACUUGUUGAGAAGAAUACAGAAAAAUAUGGCUCUUUGGAAGUACAUUCCAGCUGGGGACGCACCUUCUGCUUCUAUGAAACCUUUGAAUCUUUCAAGUAAGGUGCAGGGAGAUGCUCAGCUUGCAGAUCCUAAAAAAAGUCAUACUGCGGAGCCCGAUGUGGAUAUUGAUCUCAGGGAAGUUUAUUUUUUGAUUAUGCAUUUCCUCUCAGCUGGGCCAUGUCAGAGAACUUAUGGACAGUUUUGGAAUGAACUUCUCGAACAUCAACUUCUUCCUAGAAGGUAUCAUGCUUGGUAUUCAAGGAAUGGGGUACACAGUGGGGAUGAAAAUGAUGAUGGCCGGUCAUUCCCGUUAAGUUACAAUAAGUUGGUGGAGAGGUAUCCUCACAUUGAAAGGGACCACUUGGUAAAGCUUUUAAAGCAGUUGAUAGUAAGUGCACCCUCUCUGUCACGAAACAUGAUCAGUGGAAAUGCACCAAAUGCAGCUGACGUUCCUACUCUUUUAGGAACAGGAACAUUUUCACUUUUGAGCUAUGAUAUGGAUCAAGGACAAUUUGAAGAUAAACGUCCCUCCACUCACAUGCGUUGGCCUCAUGUGCACAUUGAUCAGGUUCGUGGGCUAAGUUUGAGAGAACUUGGGGGUGGUUUCACACGACAUCAUCGUGCUCCAUCUAUUCGUGUAGCAUGUUCUGCCAUUGCAAAACCAUUAACCAUGGUGCAGAAGAUGCAAAAUAUAAAGAGGGUACGAGGACAUCGGAAUGCUGCCUAUUGUGCAAUAUUUGAUCGCUCAGGGAGAUAUGUAAUUACCGGUUCUGAUGAUCGCCUUGUAAAAAUCUGGUCCAUGGAGACUGCAUAUUGCCUGGCUAGCUGCCGUGGACAUGAAGGUGAUAUCACAGAUUUGGCCAUGAGUUCCAACAAUGCGUUGGUAGCAUCCUCUUCAAAUGAUUGUAUUAUUCGUGUUUGGCGUUUGCCAGAUGGGCUUCCAAUCUCAGUAUUACGAGGACAUACUGGGGCUGUUACUGCUAUCGCAUUUAGUCCUAGGCCAGGCUCUGUAUACCAGCUGUUAUCGUCAUCUGAUGAUGGAACAUGUAGGAUAUGGGAUGCUAGAUAUUCUCAAUUCAGUCCACGGAUAUAUGUACCAAGACCAUCAAAUUCCAUGGCUGGGAAGAACACUGGUCCAUCUACAAGUGCUGGUCCACAGAGCCAUCAAAUUUUUUGUUGUGCAUUUAAUGCUAAUGGAACUGUCUUUGUUACUGGUAGCUCAGACACUCUUGCUAGGGUUUGGAAUGCUUGUAAACCUAACAUGGAUGAUUCUGACCAGCCAAAUCACGAGAUAGAUGUGUUAUCUGGCCAUGAGAAUGAUGUCAAUUAUGUGCAGUUCAGUGGCUGUGCUGUGGCAUCAAGAUUUUCUUUCGCUGACAAUUCAAAGGAAGAAAAUACGCCAAAAUUUAAAAAUUCCUGGUUUUCUCAUGACAAUAUAGUUACCUGUUCACGUGACGGCAGUGCAAUUAUUUGGAUCCCUAGAUUACGCAGAUCCCAUCCAAAAGCUGCCCGUUGGACACAAGCUUAUCAUCUCAAAGUUCCACCUCCUCCUAUGCCUCCUCAACCACCACGAGGGGGCCCACGUCAAAGAAUUCUCCCAACUCCACGAGGUGUUAAUAUGAUUGUAUGGAGCCUAGACAAUCGCUUUGUUCUUGCUGCUAUCAUGGAUUGCAGAAUAUGUGUUUGGAAUGCUGCUGAUGGUAGCUUAGUACAUUCUUUGACGGGUCAUACUGAAUCUACAUAUGUUCUGGAUGUUCAUCCUUUCAACCCCCGGAUAGCUAUGAGUGCUGGUUAUGAUGGCAAAACUAUAGUGUGGGAUAUUUGGGAAGGUAACCCUAUCAAGAUCUAUGAAAUUUCACGUUUCAAGUUGGUUGAUGGGAAGUUUUCACCGGAUGGAACCUCUAUCAUACUCUCAGAUGAUGUUGGUCAAUUAUAUAUAUUAAACACAGGGCAAGGGGAAUCCCAACAGGAUGCCAAAUAUGAUCAGUUUUUCCUUGGUGAUUAUCGCCCCCUUAUUCAAGAUACCUAUGGAAAUGUACUGGACCAGGAAACUCAACUCUUGCCUUACCGGCGGAACAUGCAAGAUCCCCUUUGUGAUUCAGACAUGAUUCCAUACUCAGAACCCUAUCAAACUAUGUACCAGCAAAGACGAUUGGGAGCUCUGGGUAUUGAGUGGCGCCCUUCUUCUCUAAAACUUACUGUUGGGCCGGACAUCAGUCUAGAUCAUGAUUACCAAUUGCAGCCAUUGGCAGACUUGGACAUAAUCACUGGCCCGCUGCCAGACUUUGGUGAUGUAAUGGAUUGGGAACCAGAAAAUGAAGUCCAAAGUGAUGAUACUGAUUCAGAGUACAAUGUUCCUGAAGAGUAUUUUACUGGAGAGGAGCGAGGUAGUUUAAAAUCUUGUUCCUCUGAUGAUCCAGAGUGCAGUGCUGAAGACAGUCAGAGGGAUAACCUUCGAAGAUCAAAGAGGAAAAAACAAAAGGCUGAAGUUGAGAUUACGACAUCUUCUGGUAGACGUGUUAAAAAGAGAAAUUUGGAUGAGUGCAAUGGUAAUUCAUCAAGACAUAUCCAAACUAGCGAGUUAGGAAAUAUCCAAAAAACUUCGAAGAAUUCUUCUAAAUCAAAGUCAUUGCGACCUCAGAGAGCUGCAGCACGCAAUGCUCAAACAUUAUUUUCCAAAAUUACAGGGGCAUCUACAGAUGGCUCAGAAGGUGAAAUGUCAGAGAGUGAAAGCACACUGCAAGAUUCAAAUGUGGAGAGUGAGGAAUCUAGUAGAUCCUUGGUACAUGAGCAAAUGAGGCAUUCGAAAGGGAAAGAAAUUUCCUUAAAUGAAUCUGAGGAUCUGGCCAAACUUGAAUUCCCUGAAUCUCACGUCAAUGCUGGAACCAAGAGGAAAUUGGUACUAAAAUUACCAGCUCGUGAUUCUAACAAGCCCCAACUUGAGAGCUCAUUUGAUAAAUGUGACAGGCAUGACUAUGUGAUUGGUACAUCAUCUGUGAAUCCUGAAGAAGCAGCUCUUGACAAUGGAGAUCACAUAAGCCCUCCUGACCAAGGGUGUUGUUCAGGUGAUGCAAACUGCAGCUUGCUGGAAAGAUGGAGAGAGCAAUUAGAAAAGGUUGAACUUCAUUUAAACCUCUCUGGUGGAUACAAAAUUGGGGAGAUAAAAUGGGGAGGAGUUAGGGCUCGAACUUCCAAACGUUUGAGAUUAGGAGAAUCGAUGUUAUUGGAUGGAAACACUGGCUCUGAUGUACAUCUUGACAACCGUAAAGUAAAAGGAAACAAAGUUAUUGGACUUCUAAAACCUGAAGAAAGUGGCAUUGAUACAUCCUCCCAUACAGAAACCACAAAUUGUGGGGAUAAGAUUGAUGAAGUAGUGCUAACAAAUUUUGAAAGUCAUGGAGUUACGAACUCUGAGAUUUUGGGUGGUGAAGCCAAUGGCAAGGAGCACUCAGAAUUCAGUGAGUUCAGAGAUUAUGAUGAAUCAUCAAAUUGGGUUAACAUGCCUAAUGUGGAUGCAGCUGCCAAUCCUGUUGCUCAUCAGAAUUACUCUGGUAACAGUCCUGAACUUGAAGAGAGCCAUUUACCUAUCUCGACUAAGUUGAGAAUAAAGUCAAAAAUGAUUUCAAGGGAUGAUGAAGGUCCUGACCCUUCCGUUGAUUGUGGAUCUGAUGCAUAUGAUGGAGUAAAUAGAAUUAGUUCAAACCAGGGAGCUGAUGGAUCGCAGCAAUUAGAUACACAGAUUGACUCAGUGUCCAGAGUCCACAAUUCUUCAGGAUUGCAUGCACAUUCAAAAAAGAUGUUUAAUGUUGUCUAUAAAAGAUCGAAGACGUGUAGGGAUAGGACUAACUCGGAAGGUGACAGCGGUGGCAUGGGAGAAAGUACUUCAAAUGCUACCAACACUAAUAUCCAUGAGGGCACAAGUGAUAGGGCUCCUUGUAGAACAAGGUGUAUGGGACUGAUGACCUCAACACAUGAUUCAAACAUGAGCUAUAAUCUCAGGUUGGGACGAAAAUAUGAAUUGCAGGAUAUUUAUACAAGUGCACAUAGUGAGCCUGUGAACACAUACGCACAUCCAUGUGAAGAAUGGGGAUCAAGUUCAAGGAUGACAGUUGGAUUAAGGUCUACAAGAAAUAGGAGAAGCAGUUAUCAUUUCUGUGACUCAAGCCCUGUAGAUAGGCGAAAGGCACAUCAGUCAUCAAGAAAAGGAUCAUGGUUAAUGUUGUCAACACAUGAGGAGGGCUCCCGUUAUAUUCCUCAGCUAGGGGAUCAAAUUGUAUAUCUUAGACAGGGGCAUCACGAGUAUAUAAGUCAUAGUAACUCAAAAGAAGUGGGUCCUUGGGCAACAGUAAAGGGGAACAUAGGAGCUGUUGAAUUUUGUAAAGUUGAAGGUCUUGAAUAUGCCACAAGUUCAGGGUCUGGAGAUAGUUGUUGUAAAAUGACUCUCAAAUUUAUAGACCCUGCUUCCAGUGUCUCUAAUAAAGCAUUUAGGCUGACUUUGCCUGAAGUGACUGGUUUCCCAGACUUUCUUGUUGAAAGAACUCGGUUUGAUGCUGCUACUCAGAGAAAGUGGACAUGCAGGGAUAAGUGCAAAGUGUGGUGGAAAAAUGAGGGUGAAGAAGAUGGAAGUUGGUGGGAUGGCCGUAUCCUGUCUGUGAAGCCCAAAUCUUCAGAAUUUCCAGAAAGUCCAUGGGAGAGGUAUACUGUACAGUACAAGACUGAGCCCACUGAAACGCAUCUACACAGCCCUUGGGAGCUUUUUGAUGCUGAUACCCAGUGGAAGCAGCCUCAUAUUGAUGAUGCUAGCAGAACUAAACUGCUGUCUGCCUUUACCAAAUUGGAGCAGUCUGCCAACAAAGUUCAGGAUCAAUAUGGGGUUCAAAAGUUGAAGCAAGUUUCACAGAAGUCUAACUUUACAAACAGGUUUCCAGUUCCAUUUUCACUAGAACUGAUCCAGUCUAGGCUAGAGCACAACUACUACAGAAGUUUGGAGGCGGCUAAGCAUGACGUAUCUGUUAUGCUGUCGAACGGAGAAUCGUACUUUGGGAAGAAUUCAGACCUUUCAACGAAAAUAAGACGCCUUGCAGACUGGUUUGAACGGAUGUUGUUAUCGCUAGAGUCCUCACCCUCAAGGGCGCCUGAAACCGGGCAGUAAUGAGACUAAAGAAGCUAAGCCGGAAAUGCUUUUACCCAGUUCUUCCGUAGAUAUUUUUAUUCUUUUGCCUUCAUUUUAAUUGAUUUUUUUCAAAUUUUCUUAUGGUUUACCUAGGUGCAAUUUUGGGAAUUGGGUGGAUUCUUUUUAGGGGGCGUAGGGAUCUCAGUAGGGGUUAUAGCUUGUGGUUGUGGAAAAAUUUCCACCGCAAGAUUCAGUUUUUGUACAGAAAAUAUUAGACAUCACAUCAUAAUCAUCACCUCAUUAUCGACGACAAAAGGGAAAGGGCAAAGGAAAGGAGGAUUGCUCUUGUUUAGUCGCAAUAUAAUGGUUAUAAUAACUAGAAUCACCAUUCAACAUUUGUAGUGUUGAUUUCUUCCAAGUUGAGUCAGAAUAAGAAUAAGAUUUAAUUUAA